AUGGACACGCUGCCAGAUGCCUUCCCCUCUACACAGGCCGGAUCCGCUGCCUCAUAUACACCCGGCUAUCCCACAGCGGGCCCUCUAAUUGGCGGUGAAAAUCCGGAGAGUAUCCCUCGGAUCAAAGUCCAUGAUCCUCCCAAAUUCGACCUUGACUCCUACAUUGCAAACUACGUCGGCCGGACCCGAUUCGAUCGCCUUUACCUCAUAGGAACGUCUUCCACAGUCCUCGCUACAGAGGCACUCAAACUCGCAGUAGCUGAGGCCAAAUCAGGAAAAGAUGUGGUCCAGUACGAGAAGGCAGUUCGCGCUCUGGCGGAGGCAGCACCAAACGAGGAGGAUGCCUCGCUCGACACCGCGUGGGUCCGUAAUGUCCAACGCCAAGUCCAGAUGCAAUCCGAACGGCUGGAGCAGGAACUUAGGGGAUACAAGAAUAAUUUAAUUAAAGAGAGCAUCCGGAUGGGCAACGAGGAUAUUGGCAAUCAUUACUACGAGACUGGCGAUCUGGUCGCCGCCUCUAAGGCGUAUACCCGUAUGCGAGACUACUGCACAACACCGAACCACAUAGCGUCCAUGCUUUUUAAGUUGAUCAACGUCUCCAUUGAGCGUGGCGAUUGGCUAAACGUCCAGUCCAAUGUGCACCGCCUGCGCAACUCCCAGUCGAAACCAGAGGACCAGGCCAAGAACCAGCCCAAGAUGUCCGCCGCACUGGGUCUUGCACAGAUGCAUUCAGGCUCGUACCUGGACGCCGCCAACAGCUUCCUGUCCACCGAAUCUUCCCUCUCCGACACCUUCAACGAGGUCAUCACGCCCAACGAUGUCGCUGUCUACGGCGGCUUGUGUGCUCUGGCAUCUAUGGAUCGCGUGCAACUGCAGCACCGCGUCCUGGACAACAGCGGCUUCCGCAACUUCCUCGAACUCGAGCCGCACAUUCGCCGUGCGAUUGGCUUCUUCUGCAACUCCAAGUUCCGCCCCUGUCUGGAUAUCUUGGAUGCUUACCGCACUGAUUACCUUCUUGACCUUCAUCUACAGCCUUAUGUCUCUGAGCUCUACGCGCUGAUCCGCACCAAGGCGAUUAAGCAGUACCUGGUACCCUUCAGCCGCGUCACGCUGGACUCCAUGGCCGCGAUCUUUGCCCCUGAAGUAGUCGGUGGUGAAGCACAGCCCACCGGGGUUUCAUCGCCAUUUGUCCAGGAACUCAUCCGCCUGAUAAAGAAGGGUGUGCUGGAUGCACGCAUCGACCUGGAAAAGGGAGUGCUAGUCUCGAACCAGACCGACCUGAGAACAGAGGUUCAAAAUAACACAUUGGAGUCUCUGCGCUCUUUCAACGAGGAGGCGCACCUGCGCAUUCUGCGCGCCAGCGUGCUUCAUGCUGGGCUGGAGGUGUGCGCUCCUGAGGGCGAGCGGCGGUCCCGCAUGAGUCACCCGUCAGAAACGAGAGGCAUGGGCAUAGCGGAGCGUUUUACUCGAGGCGGAUUGCGCAGCUGA